AUGGGAGAUUUUAAUACAGUAAGGGAUAUUGAAGAUAGGGUGAAUGGCACAGUGGUACAGGAAAAUGAGAUCAAAGACUUUAGAUCUCUAAUGGAGGACUGCAGUUUGAAUGAACUUGGUACUGUGGGUAGAACUUAUACAUGGACAAAUAGCCAUGUUUAUAGCAGAAUUGAUAGAGCCCUAGUCAAUGCACACUGGAUGAUAAACAUGCCUCCAAUGCAAGUCCAUGUGAUGGAUCCUCAGUUUUCUGAUCAUUCUCCUUUAUGUAUAGAGCUGGAAGCAGAACCAGAACACAAAGGGAGACCUUUCAAGUUUUUUAAUUGUCUUGCUGAGCACCCAGAUUUUGAUAGUGUUAUUAGAGACAGCUGGAACAAGGAGAACAAAAAUAUGAAGGAUAUCUGGAACAAUCUAAAAAGUGUCAAAGUGGCCCUUAAGAGUCUGAACACAAGGGAAUUUACCAGUACAACAAGCAAGGUUCAACAAUUGAGGGAGGAGUUAGCCAGCAUUCAAGCACAAAUGAGGACCACCACAAUAACAGAUACCAUGUUUGAAUCAGAGAAAAAUACAAAAAAGCAACUGGAGAAAUGGAGUAAAAUAGAGGAGAGCAUUUAUAGAAAAAGAUCUAGAAUCCAAUGGCUCCAACUAGGUGAUUCCAACACAGCCUUCUUCUUUGCAAGUAUGAAAGGGAAAGUAGCACAGAAUCAAACAAAAUUCCUACAGGAUGACAAAGGAAGGUUGAUCAGCAAAACAGAUGAUAUUGAACAAGAGAUUGUUGGGUUCUACAAAGAACUGCUAGGGAGUUCCACAAAUAGUAUUCCUGCUAUUGAUCCUAGAAUAAUGAGGAAAGGACAAGUGCUUACAAGGUCUCAGCAAUUACAACUUAUAGCUCCUUUCACUAAUGAAGAUGUGAGGAAGGCACUACAGGGGAUUGGAGACUCAAAGGCACCAGUGGGGAUGGUUUCAAUGCAUACUUCUACAAGAAGACUUGGCAAAUAA